AUGUCUUGGCUGUUAUGUGUCAAUAGUUCUUGUAUAGCAGUUUUUCAGUGUCGUCCCAGCCCUCCCAGCAGAUGUGCAGAGCUAUGGUCGCGCUUAGGGUUCGAGCAUUUGAGAGAGGAAUAUCUUCGCUAUUACGAAAACGGUCGCAAUGACAUGGCAAUUACUUUAGUGGAUUUCUACAAUGCUGUGGCGGUCUUAAUGGAGCGGCCGGAAGCAGUACCAUUGCUACAGAUGUUGGAAGCACUAUGGAGUACUAUCGGCUUUUGGGAGAAAAUGGACUUUCAACGAAACUUUUGCGCUUUUAGAAUUCUCGACGACCGGCGAUACAUAAUGUUGUAA